AAAGGACUCUAACGGACUACCGGAGUAUGUGGUGUGUAAGCUCCGCCACGGCAAUGGGUCUCUUCCUCAUCAAACCUCCACUCACUCACAAUGAGUGACAUCACUGGAGUUUCCCAGGAGGUUUUGUUAAAAAGAAGCCCUCGCUUCUGAGCGACAGCACAAAAAGACAGACAGCUCUCAAUAACUGACCUAAAAGUUCAGCUUGACUCUAAGUGAUAGAAGGAACUCAUUGAAAACAAUGGAAGGAGAACACAAGGUACAGAUGGACAACGUUGACACAGAAGCCAGGAAACAAACAUCGCUGCCCAAACCUAGCUCCAAGGUUACCACGGCGCUGCUGGUGUUCACACUCUGCCUUGCUGCUGCUGCUGCUGCUCUCCUUGUCUUCAACAGGCAAACUAAGGCACUACGACAAGAUGAAGACAAUUUCGAUCUUCGUCACACAUUGAGGCAAAUUUCAAAUGACGCUGAAGUGAGAGCGGCUAUUCACUUAGAAGGAGAAUACAACCGAACUAUGAAGACGUCAGUAGAAUGGAAACCGCACCAGGACCAGUACCACGCUCGAGGCGGCCUGAAACUUGAAAACAACGAAAUUGUGAUUCCUCGAAACGGCCUUUACUUUGUUUACAGCCAGGCGUCUUUCCGGGUGAACUGCAGCAGCAACGAUGUCGACCCCACCGCGCUGCCCCUGGUCCACCUGAGCCACACCGUCAAACGCUGGUCCAGCAUUUAUGGGGACAAUGACGCCAAGAAGUCCUACCACACCAUCCUGCACUCUGUCCGCACUGCAUGCCAGGUGAAAGCCAGCAGUGAUGCGGAUGAGGACGGGAGCUGGUUCUCUGCCGUGUACAUGGGAGCUGUGUUCGACCUGAAGGCAAAGGACAGGCUGAAGACGGUGAUGGAAGAAAAGAUGCUGCUGGGCCUGGAGGACGAGCCAGGGAAGACCUUCUUUGGGGUGUUUGCCUUGUGAGGACAGGUGACCGAGGGCCUGGAGGCUUCACUGUGAGGCCUCGAGCCGGGCUUCAUCUAAUCUGUUCAAUGUUGAAGGUCGACAAUGCACUAAACAGUCAAUGCAACUUUCUACAUGCACAGUUUACACCCAAACUGUUACUAAGCCAUUUAAAGUAAACCAAGCUAUGUUAACUGUAUCAAUGAAAGUAAUUUAUUAUCAUAGAUAUCUCUGUGGCUCUUUGAUGUUAUGUACUAUACUGUGCUAUUAGUGUCAGUACAUUUGAGUUCCUUUAAAAGUGUUAUUUAAAUCAAUUGUACUAUUAUUAUUAUUAUUAUUAUUUAUAUUAUUUGCUGCACUACCAUGCUCGAUCUGUUGCUUGUACAAGUGAAUGAUGACUACUGUGUAUUUAUUGUUUCACUACAGGCUUAAGAUGAUUUUAAAAGUAUUUAUUCAACAUGACAUUUUUAUAUUUAUACUAUUUAUGUAUUUAUUUAUGUAUUUAUUUAUUUAUUUACUCUGUGUGUUUUCAUUCGCAAAAUAUUUUGUACUGGAUUUUAAACAUAAUUUAUUUUAAUAUCAAUUGAAACAGAUAUUCAGUUUGAUAAGCUGUUUGUCAAUUUCACUGACAUUUUUCAAAAAAUGUCAUGGUGCCUGUGGUGCUUCAAAAGUGUUUGAAUAAAGUGUUAUUUUGAGAAAAAAAAGUAUGUCUGCAAGGCUUUUAUACUAUUAUAUUAGAACUAGAAUUUAAAAACAUCUAAAUUAAUAAAUGAAAGUUUUUAAACUUAAGAUUUUUUUAAAGAUGAUUUUGAAAGUAUUUAUUCAACAUGACAUUAUUAUAUUUAUACUAUUUAUGUAUUUAUUUACUCUGUGUGUGAUUUAAUUUGCAAAAUAUUUUGUACUGAAUUUUAAACAUAAUUUAUUUUAAUAUCAAUCGAAACUGAUAUUCAGUUUGAUAAGCUGUUUGUCAAUUUCACUGACAUUUAAAAAAAAAUGUCAUGGUGCCUGUGGUGCUUCAAAAGUGUUUGAAUAAAGUGUUAUUUUGAGAAAAAAAAGUAUGUCUGCAAGGCUUUUAUACUAUUAUAUUAGAACUAGAAUUUAAAAAAAUCGAAAUAAAUAAAUGAAAG